CCUGUCUAUAUAAAGCGGCGACGACCAAUAUUCUUUCUCUCCAGCUCUUAUACACCGGCGAGUAAGCACGUGUAAUUACCGAAACGAGAAUGACAGCUAAACCAGCAUACAAAGUCGCGGACAUUUCCCUUGCCGACUGGGGCAGGAAGUGUAUUGAGAUAGCAGAGAAUGAGAUGCCGGGUCUGAUGGAUAUGCGGCGCCGUUACGGCCCAAAGAAGCCACUGAAGGGUGCCCGCAUCGCUGGCUGUCUCCACAUGACCACACAGACUGCUGUCCUCAUUGAAACACUGCUGGAACUGGGAGCUGAGGUCCAGUGGUCAAGUUGUAACAUUUUCUCCACACAAGACUUUGCUGCUGCAGCCAUAGCAAAGACUGGCGUGCCUGUAUACGCCUGGAAGGGAGAAACAGAUGAGGAAUACCUCUGGUGUGUUGAACAGACGAUAGUGUUCCCAGACGGUAAGCCUCUGAACAUGAUCCUGGAUGAUGGUGGAGAUCUAACAAACCUUGUACAUGAGAAAUACCCACAAUACCUUCCAGAAAUCAAGGGAUUGUCGGAGGAGACAACAACUGGAGUACACAACCUGUACAAGAUGAUGAAGGAAGGGAAACUCAAGGUCCCUGCCAUCAAUGUCAACGACUCUGUCACCAAGAGUAAGUUUGAUAACCUGUAUGGAUGCAGGGAGUCGCUUGUUGACGGAAUCAAACGGGCAACAGAUGUCAUGUUGGCUGGCAAGGUUGCCAUGGUUGCUGGGUAUGGGGAUGUGGGCAAGGGCUCCGCACACGCUCUAAGGGCCUUUGGAGCUCGCGUUAUCAUCACUGAGAUUGACCCCAUCAAUGCCCUGCAGGCUGCUAUGGAAGGUUUUGAGGUGGCUACUGUUGACGAUGCAAUCCCUAGAUGCCGUAUCUUUGUGACCGCUAGUGGGUGCAAGGACAUUUUAAUGGGACGUCACUUUGAACAGAUGUUGGAGGAUGCCAUUGUGUGUAACAUCGGCCACUUUGACUGCGAGCUGGACAUAAAAUGGCUCAACGAAAACUGUGUAAAGAAGGAACAAGUCAAACCUCAGGUGGACAGAUACACACUCCCCAACGGACGUCACAUCAUCGUGCUGGCCGAGGGACGGCUCGUCAACCUGGGAUGCGCCCAUGGUCACCCAAGCUUUGUGAUGAGCAACUCCUUCACAAACCAAGUGCUUGCACAGAUUGAGCUCUGGACCAAAUCUGACCAGUACAAGCUUGGCGUACACAUGCUUCCAAAGAAGUUGGACGAGGAAGUUGCUGCUGCUCAUUUGGAUCACCUCGGUGUGAAACUGACCAAACUCUCGGACGACCAGGCCUCAUAUCUGGGUAUUCCCAAGGAGGGACCAUUCAAGGCAGACUUCUACAGAUACUGAGUGCUGACCUCCCUUUGACAGAACACUGGAGAAAUUGAGGAAUUGUCUCCCUUGUGUUCAGGAUGUUGUUAUUGGAAUAUUGAAAUGAUUGUUAAAGAUGACAAUUUUGACUGAAGAAUUUUUUAACAUCACCUCUUCAAAAAGGACAUCAUAUCAGCUAUUUUUAAGCUUGGAAGUUGUUACCCACGGAUUGGUGGGGAUAUCGCUGUGUUUAAUCCAUUAUAAAUCUUCAUUCCAUCCGAAAAACACCCUGCUAGGGCGAGUAUUGGGAACAAACUAAAACUCUGAAUUAGAUACAUUGUCCGUUGAGAGUAUUACCUUUGGUUAUCAUCCUCAUAUAUGUUAGUGAUGGCGUAGUUGUUAUUAAGUGCAAUUAAAACUUGAUGAGCAAGUAGGGAUUGUCCACUGGGUUAGUUGCCAUGUAUUGCAUGUAUGUACAUUGGUCAUUUGUAAUGACCAUCGGGUUUCCAUCAUUUCAUGUAGGGUUGUUUCAUACCACCACGGACCUUAUAGGUUCGUGAAACCGCAUCAUUAUUUUGCAAGUUAAGAUGUUUAGUUUUUUUUUCUUAAAACAAUACACAUUUCUUGACUAGUCUUUUGUGACUGGCAUUCAGUCAUACUAUUUUUAGUGUUAAAACAAUGUGUUGUAUAUAUGUUGUGAAACAUGUGGAAAUCCGAAAUAAAGUGCUAAACGCGAUAA